AUGGAGCUCACCAAGUUCCUUUCCUUCCUCGCCAUUGCGCUCCCUGUUGCCUACGGUGCCCCCGCCGAGGCCGCCACUACCCUCCACCCUAACAUGCUGAAGGCCAUGAAGCGCGAUCUUGGUCUCGACGCCAAGCAGGCCGUUGCCCGCAUUGCCGAAGAUCUCCAGGCAAGCAAGGUCCUCGAUGAUCUCAGCGGCUCCUUGGGCCCAGCCUUUGCGGGUGGCUGGAUUGACGCCGGCAAGUCCUUUGUCGGUGUCACUGACCAAGCCAUGGCCCAGAAGGUCACUGCUGCUGGCGCCACUCCUGUCGUCAUGAUCAACAGCCUCUCGCGCCUGAAUGAAGCCAAGACGGCCAUUGACAACAAACUCAAGGGCCACCAGACUAGAGCUGACGCUGGCAGUAUUACCGGUGUUGCAGCCUACUAUGUUGACGUUGCCGCCAACAAGGUCGUCUUUGAGGCUCUCGCAGCCAACCACGGCCAAGCCAAGGAUCUUGCUGCUCACGCGGGUCUGUCGGCCACUGAGUUUGAAAUCCGCACUGUUGAGAACAUGCCCACCCCUAGAUACAACAUUGUUGGUGGUGACCCCUACAACAGUAUCAGGGCCAGCCUCCGCUGCUCCGUCGGAUUCUCUGUUACGGGCGGUUUCAUCUCAGCCGGCCACUGUGGAAGUCAGGGUGACGGCGUGCAGAGCACAGGCGGUGUUGAUCUCGGCACCUUCUCCGGCUCCAGCUUCCCUAGUGUUGAUAUGAGCUACAUCAAGACUCUAGACAGCGUGACCCUGACCGGAUAUGUCAACGACUACAACGGCGGCUCGUACAGCGUUAGCGGUGGCUCUGAGGCUGCGGUUGGUGCCAAUAUUUGCCGAUCGGGCCAAACAACUGGUGUGCACUGCGGCACCAUCAAACAAAAGGACGUCACCGUCAACUACGCCGAGGGAACCAUCUACGGGCUUACUCAGACCAGCGCCUGCUCCGAUCACGGUGAUUCCGGUGGCUCGUUCCUCGCUGGUACCCAGGCGCAGGGUGUUCUCUCUGGCGGCAACGGCAAUUGCAACAAUGCAGGAAUCAGCUACUUCCAGCCUCUAGGGCCCAUUCUGUCCACCUAUGGUGUUUCUCUUAUCCUCGCUUGA